CCGGUGGAAAGUUGGCGUGUUUGUUGUGCCUGGAUGUAAAUGUGCAAUAGUUUUGCGUUCGCGGGUGCCAGCAAAACGCUAAACUCCAAUCGCUACAACCACUGCCAGUCCCCAAUAAAACGAUUCACCCUGAUCCCAAAACCAAACCUGGAUAGCCAGGAACAGCAGGAUGUGGCCCGGCUCCGAGCGAGGAAGCUCGCGGGCCCUGGAAAUCCCAACCAGCCAGCAAAACGCCGGCGGUAGUAGUCAGCAGGAGACUCUGGCCGACAUCGAACACAUAUCCACCAUCGCCGGAUCCCUGGCCUCCAUUGGAUCCCUCUCGCACACCCAAAUGCGCUAUCAAUGCACCAAUGAUGCCGGCUAUGAUACGGAACACACGUCCCUGAACUCGGACUUUGAUGAAGCCGAGCUGCGUCGGGAGCUACUAAGAGAUAAAUGGAAACUCCUCUUUGAUAUGUUCGAUCCCGAGGGUUUUGGCGAAAUAUCCGUCGAGGAAUUCCUGGUGGCCCUCAAGUCGCCAGAGUUCCUAUCCCAAGUGCCUAUGAACAAGCGGGAGCUGCUUUUUGAGCGGGCCAAGAAGGCGAAGCUGCCCACAGGACCCGGCUACGUGACGUUCCAGGACUUUGUGAAUGUGGUGAGUGCGCCGCAAUUACAAUCGCCGUUGGUCACUGGCCAAGCAACCAAAGUACCCAAAGUACCCAAGGCACCCAUGCCGUUCGUCUGUGCAAAGUACUCGGCCAGGACGAGGACCAAAGUGUAG